CCUUUUUGGGCCAAAGUGCAGAAGCUGCUACACACCGCUCCGAGCCUCUGAAGUCUGACCGUCUCUCCGCUUUGCGGCCAAAGCGACACAUGUUCUUGGGCUCUUCUUCCUCGGCCACCUACUUCAAUUUCUUCAUUCGACUCAUGGCUUCAAACAAAUCCCAGCGCGUUCGUUACCUUGGAGAAACCUCCUGGCAAACCGCCAUGAAGAAGGCUAGGACGAUGACCACCUCCGCUUCUGCCGAUACUCACAUGAAAGACGCCUUCUCCAAAUACACUGAUUACCUCAAUGGCCUGAAUGAAAAACGGGAAAGGGUGGUAAAAGCAAGUCGUGAUAUUACCAUGAAUAGCAAAAAGGUCAUAUUUCAAGUUCACAGGAUGAGUAAGAACAACAGAGAGGAAGUUCUGGAAAAAGCUGAAAAAGAUCUUGAUGCUGUGACUGCUCAAUAUGUGUCCCGCCUUGUAAAGGAGCUGCAGGGGACUGAUUUCUGGAAGCUAAGACGAGCUUAUUCUCCUGGGGUUCAAGAAUAUGUUGAAGCUGCCACACUUUGUCAUUUCUGCAAGACUGGGACUCUGAUAAGCCUCGAUGAGCUUAAUGCUAACUUGACCCCAUUAAGUGAUCCUUCUAUUGAGCCAUUGCAGAUUAACAUACUAGAUUAUCUAUUAGGGCUAGCAGACUUGACUGGAGAGCUCAUGAGGAUGGCAAUUGGACGGAUUUCAGAUGGUGAAGUCGAAUUUGCUCAUAAGAUUUGCAACUUUGUACGUGAAAUCCAUAGGGAGCUGACUCUUGUUGCCCCAUUAAUGGAAGACAGUUCCGACAUGAAAACGAAAAUGGAUACAAUGCUCCAAAGUGUUAUGAAAAUCGAAAAUGCCUGUUUUAGCGUCCAUGUUAGAGGAUCAGAAUUCGUUCCCUUUCUUGAAUCCGACGACUCCAGUUACCCGCUGCUGGGCGUCUCUGACAUCGACUGAUGAAGCAACCUCUGCAUCCUGGGAAAACUCGCCCUUUCCUCAUUCCAUCUUUCUUCUCUCAUCUCAUGUUUGAUAAUGUGCUGUAGUCUUCAAUUGAUGACAUGUGAACUGGAAAGUAGCCUAACCUGUUGACCGACAACUUCUGCUAUAGAUUCAAGAUCUGAAAUUGCAGAUACAACUUGUUUAUGACUUUAUGUGCAUCAGUCCCAGUAGAAGGUGCCUCAAACUGUAGAGAUGAAGACUUUUCUUGAAUGGAAAUAUGGAAUCCCAUCUUUUGCCCGCCAUUACUAUCCACUUUGUUUUUGAUGAA